GUUUCAGAGAUGCUCAAACCGUUCCCACUGUAGACCUACCAAAUGGCAAGGAGAUGCCGAUCAUUGGUAUUGGUACUUACAAGUCACAACCGGAAGAGAUUAAAACGGUUGUCAACACGGCGUUGGAAUGCGGCUACCGCCAUAUCGACACCGCUUACCUCUACCAGAACGAAGGGUCGAUUGGCGAAGUCCUGAAGGAGUGGCUGGACAGCGGAAGGAUUCAACGAGAGGAACUCUUCGUCACCACUAAAUUGCCAUUUAUCGCCAAUCGAGCGGAGGACGUCGCUAGGUUUCUGGACAAGUCGCUGGAACGACUUAACUUGGACUACGUCGAUCUGUAUCUGAUUCACAACCCGGUAGGACUAAUAGGGAAACACGACGACGAUGUCUGGCCUGUGGAUGAAGAUGGCAACGUCAUAAUGGAUCUCGACACCGACUUGGAGUCACUUUACAAAGGCAUGGAGAAGCUGGCUGAUUCUGGAAAGGCGAAGGCAAUUGGAAUCUCCAACUUCAACAGCAAGCAGAUUGAAAGAAUCAUGAAGGUGUGUCGAAUCAACCCUGCAAAUCUCCAGGUGGAGUUGCACGCAUACCAUCAGCAGAAGGCGCUGAGGGAGGUGUGCUCGAAGUAUGGAAUCCCUGUUUGUGCCUAUGGUCCCAUAGGCGCUCCCUACAAGGCUCAGGGGCGGGGUGACGACUCUCCCAUAUUAUUGGAACACCCGACGGUGGCUUCAAUCGCAGAGCGUCUCGGUAAGACUCCGGCGCAGAUUCUCAUCCGGUUCCUGAUCCAGCUGGGAAUCGUCGUGAUUCCCAAAUCAACGAAGCCAGAGAGAAUUCGACAGAAUUUCCAGGUGUUCGACUUCAAGCUGAGUCCGGAAGACAUGUCCGCUCUAGACUCCCUAGACAAAGGCGAAAGUGGACGCAUAUUCAUCUUCGAGGAUGUGCUUAAAGGGAUAUCGAAACACCCGGAAUAUACUUUCCACAUCCCCGUGUGAAAGAAGAGGAACGCCAGAAGAUGGAACUAGUCACUAGAGAGAGCAAGGGGGUCGUUCCAUCGGCAAAUCCCUCAUCUUAUCUCACCACCACUACUACUACUACUGUUUUCGUUGCUCAGUUAUAAAAUGGAGGAAUAAAACAAGCAAGGGAGCCGUUUCAAAGGCAUAUCCCGCCCACUACUACUACUACUACUACUACUACUAUCAGUUGUGACGUAACUAAAUGUUCAAUGGAUCUUCUUAAGGGUUUGAAAUAAAUGGUCGUGGGUUUAA